AUGACAAAGGAAACAAACGACGAAUGGAAACGAUUAAAUAUUUGGAAAGGUAAAUGUUCAUAUAGUCAAGAACGUAUUUGGAUUGAUGAACAAAUUCGAGAAAGUCUUAUUAAAAAUAGUGAAGAUUUAUAUAAUUAUAAUUCAGUUAUUGUUUAUCAAAUUGAAGAUGGAAUUUUACCAAUAAAACGUUUUCGUCAAUCAAUUAAAAUUUUAUUAGAUAAACAUGAAAUAUUUCAAACAUCAUUAGAUUAUAAUGCGGAUGAACAUUCUCUUCAACAAACAAUAAAUCAAAACUCAAAUGAUCUUUAUUCAUAUGAAUUAACUUAUGUAGAUGUUAAUGAUAUUGAAAAAGUUAAUAAUAUUAUAUAUAAUGAACAAAUUUCAAAACAUUUUGAUUUAAAUAAAGGAAAAAUGUUUCGUUGUCAUUUAUUAAAGGGAAAUGCUCAAGAUAAAAAUCAUUUAAUUAAAAAUGAUUAUAUUUUAUUAAUAUAUCAUCAUUCAGGUAUUGAUCAAUAUUCAAAAUAUUUAUUUAUAAAAGAAUUAACAAAUGCAUAUUUAAAUGGAAAAUUAAAUAAUGAUGAUAAAUAUGAUUUGAAAUAUAUUGAUUAUUCUCAAUAUGAACAUGAAAUUGAUUUAACUAAUUGUGAAGAAUUUUGGCAAGAUUUAUUUUCUGAUUAUAAUUUUAAUCAUAGAUUAAAAAUUCCAUAUGAUAAUAAAUUAGAUAAUAUUUCAACUGGUUCAUAUUAUUCAUUUGAUAUAGAUAAAUCAUUAACUCGACAAAUAUUUCGAUAUAAAAAUAAAAUAAAUAUUAAUUUAUUUAGAAUUUUUUUAACAACAUUUUAUGUUUAUUUAUUUAAAUUAACACAAGAUACUGAUAUAUCUAUAACUGGUUUUACACCAAAUCGUAUUCGAAAUGAAUUAAAUCAUAUUAUUGGACCAUUUGAAAAUUUAAUUAUUUAUAGACACGAACUUGAUCCACAUCAAUCUUUUAAUGAAUUAAUUAAAAAAAUAGAU